AUGUGUAUGUACAACUCCUGGCUGCAGGUCAAGUUCAUUUUGGGGCUUGUGCACGGCCUUGCCAACGGUGCACCUGUUAUGACCCCGACAGCGGCGGCGAGCUCUUCCUCCAGCGCAGCCGCAGAUCGGCUUGCUGCUGCUGCUGCUGGCGGUGCUGCUGGCGGUGCUGCUGGCGGUGCUGCUGGCGGUGCUGCUGGUGGUGGUUCCUUAGGUGGUCUCAGCCUGGGUGUCCUCCUAUCCAGAGUUGAUAUCAACCUGAGUGCUGACGUGUUCGACAUCGUGCACGACGCCCAGCCUUCCCAGAACAAGUAA